CAACGCAAACAACAAAACCAAGGACAUGGACUCGUCUACGUCGUGCACGCUGUUUGUCGCGUUGAUCUUCCUUGUGAUAAUUAAAGAAAGCUGUCAGGGACCACACGAGAAGCGCUUACUCAAUCACCUGCUGUCCACGUACAACACACUGGAGCGACCCGUUGCCAACGAAUCGGAGCCCCUGGAGGUUAAAUUUGGACUGACGCUGCAGCAAAUCAUCGAUGUGGACGAAAAGAAUCAGAUUCUGACCACAAAUGCGUGGUUAAAUUUGGAAUGGAACGAUUAUAAUUUGCGCUGGAACGAAACGGAAUAUGGCGGCGUCAAGGAUUUGCGAAUUACGCCCAAUAAACUGUGGAAACCCGAUGUGCUCAUGUACAAUAGCGCGGAUGAGGGAUUCGAUGGCACGUAUCACACCAACAUUGUGGUCAAACAUAACGGCAGUUGUCUGUACGUGCCCCCUGGUAUCUUCAAGAGCACAUGCAAGAUAGACAUCACGUGGUUCCCAUUUGAUGACCAACAUUGCGAAAUGAAAUUCGGUAGUUGGACUUACGAUGGAAAUCAGUUGGAUUUGGUUUUGAAUUCCGAAGAUGGAGGGGAUCUUUCCGAUUUCAUAACAAAUGGCGAGUGGUACUUGCUUGCCAUGCCGGGAAAGAAGAAUACUAUAGUCUACCAGUGCUGCCCAGAACCAUAUGUCGAUAUCACCUUUACUAUACAAAUACGCCGACGUACUUUAUAUUAUUUUUUCAAUUUAAUUGUGCCAUGCGUGCUAAUAUCAUCGAUGGCCCUGCUGGGCUUCACAUUGCCCCCGGAUUCGGGCGAGAAACUGACGCUGGGCGUAACUAUACUACUAUCAUUAACAGUAUUUCUAAACCUUGUUGCUGAGUCAAUGCCGACAACGUCGGAUGCUGUUCCUCUUAUAGGUACAUAUUUCAACUGUAUCAUGUUCAUGGUUGCGUCGUCUGUGGUGCUAACGGUUGUGGUACUCAACUAUCAUCAUCGCACAGCGGAUAUACACGAGAUGCCACCGUGGAUCAAAUCCGUUUUCCUACAAUGGCUGCCCUGGAUAUUGCGCAUGGGUCGGCCCGGUCGCAAGAUCACGCGCAAGUCAAUAUUAUUAAGCAAUCGCAUGAAAGAGCUGGAGCUGAAGGAACGUUCUUCCAAAUCCUUACUAGCCAAUGUUCUUGAUAUCGAUGACGAUUUUCGUCAUACAAUAUCAGGCUCUCAAACCGCCAUCGGUUCGUCGGCCAGCUUUGGCAGACCCACAACGGUGGAGGAGCAUCACACUGCAAUAGGUUGCAAUCACAAAGAUUUACACUUAAUUCUCAAAGAAUUGCAAUUCAUAACGUCACGCAUGCGCAAAGCUGACGAUGAAGCGGAAUUGAUAAGCGAUUGGAAAUUCGCUGCAAUGGUUGUGGAUAGAUUUUGCUUAAUUGUUUUUACGCUCUUUACGAUUAUUGCAACGGUAACCGUGCUGCUCUCAGCUCCUCACAUCAUCGUGCAAUAAGGACGCUCAAUUUAGACACGUUAAGCUACACACACACACACACAUACGCAUAUACGACCCAUGCUGUAUAUGUGGGGAUGCCUAGUUAAGUUCUUUUCCAAAACAACAAAUAGAGAAGCUGCUUUGCAAAAAAGCAAAAAAAAAUAAAUAAAUUAAAAAAAUUGUUAAUUACAUUUUUAAGUCAAAGUAUAAGAAACGCAAGCGAAAAAAUGCUAGAAAAGCAAGAGACACACUCAAGAAAAUUUCACAUAUGAAAUGUAAAAUUUAAUAACACAAUUCGUGUGUGUACUAAACAAAUAUUUUAUGAAAAUGAAAAACAAAAAACAAAAAAAAAAAACAAAACAAAGCAAAAAUUACUGCCGUACAACAAAAAAAAAUAAAACAAGAAAAA